AAAUCCCCACGUGAAAUCCCGAAAACACCCCUCUCCACGUUCCCCAAACACCAUUAAACCAGACCUUAUUACGUGUCUCCCUACUUAAAAAGCCAAGAAACCAAUAAAAGAACGCCACGUCAACCAAACACCUUUUUCUAUGUUUGUAACAAAACAGCUGAUCUGGUUACCUUGUCGCUACUCUGCUCUCAGACUCGGUUUUCUCCCCCGAGCUCUGUCUUCUCUCUCUCGCGUUUCGGUCUUCUUCUUUCUUUUUCUCUCUCUCUCUAGAAAAGGUCGGAGCUUUAGAGAGAGAAAAGCCCUAACCCUAGUGCUCGAGCUCGCGCGCUUGCUCUGCAAUGGAGGACCCGCAAGCUGCGCUACCUGCCGGCCGGCCUCGGACGCGGCACUCUCGGAAGGGGGCCUCGGGCGUCGCCGGGGGGGCUGGCGGGAUGAAGGUGGACUACGAUGAUGUGUUUGGGGGUCUGCCUAGGUUUUCGGGGCCUGCCAAAGCAACGAGGGGGGAUGAAUAUGUAGAGAUCUUUGGUGACUUCGCUGCAUCGUGUUCCAUCCCUUUCCUUGAGCUUCCGGUGGGAUUUGAUGAUGUGGAUACUGGGGUGGACCCUCGAGCUCCAGGAUUUGACUACCGGGAGAUCUUUGGGGGUUUUAGCGGUUCGGAUUUUGGAGUUUCUUAUGAGGAGUUGAUUGCGGGGAAGACCCCGCCGGAGGAUUCGAAUGGGAGGGUCCCAAAGAAAACAAGCAAUAGACAGCAGGCAUCAGAAGCUUCUAAUUUAGCUUCACAGACUCCUGACAAUGAAUUUGUGGCAUCUGUGGAAGAAGAUCAAAUCAUUUUUGAUUUGCACCAGUCAAAUGGUGGGAUAAAGAAGCUCGACAUGUCAGACCACAAUACAAACUGGGGAGGCGUAGAGGGAGGUCAAAGUGCACCGUUAACUAAACAUCAUACCAUUCCUGGCUAUAACUCUGUGGUGGAUGCAAGCUCACCAAAUUUGAGAAGCGAUAGUAUUCCAGAAGUGAAAGCUAAUGAUCCGAGUCUCAGUUCAGACCCUUCAGAUCCUAAUGGGAAAAUAGCUGACAUGAAACAGGAGAAAAUUUCUAUGGCAGCCUCUGAUGAUGCCAGUACCGGUAGUUCGAUAAUUGAUCUGAAGGAUGUGAAAUCAUUAAGCACCAAAUCUCCAGCCUCAGAAGAUGUUUCUGCAAAUCUGCAAUCACAUUCACGUUCUUCUAGCUAUCACUCAACGACAUCUAGUGGGGAUAUAUCCUUUCAUGAUCCUACAUAUGUUACCAUAUCUGAAAUCAGCCUUAGGACUCAACCGUUGGAAGUGCCACCACCUUCAAGACCACCUCCCAAACUAAGUAAUAAGCAGAGUCAUCCUAAAAUCAAGAUCUAUUCCAGUGCCAAUGAUGCUGAGCGAGGAAGUCUAUAUAGACAAACAAGUGAUAGCUGGAAAUAUUAUAGUAGUUCUUUUUCUAAAACUGAUGCUGUUCAAGGCUCAGUGAAAGACGGUUCUAAUUUCUUUGAUGUGGAGGUUGAUGCAAGUUCAGCUGCUGCAGCUUCUGCUGCUGCCAUGAAAGAAGCAAUGGAACAAGCCCAAGCUAAAUUGAAAAGUGCAAAAGAAUUGAUGGGGAGAAAACGAGACGGUUUCCAAAGCCGCAAGAAGCUGCCUCAGCAUGAUAACAUAAAUUUCAAGGAAAGAAAGGAUGUUGAAGCUGCUGAAGAAGUGAACUGCUGCAUUGGAGAUAUACCCCAAAUGAGGUUCGCAAAGGACGAGGAGAAGAUGAAUGAUUUUCUGAAGCAAGAGAGGCAGAAACACACUAAGGCAACCAAGAUAGCUAUUGAUCAGGCAGAGAAGGAAACGGGUGCUGGCAAAGAGCAGACAGUUCAAGGGGAAAAAUCAAAAUCCUCCCCAUACAACCUGGAGGAGAAAACUGUGGAACAGAAAAUUGAUAACCUUACUUAUGAACAGGAAGAGAAGGAAGUAGAUAAGCAAGAGAGCCGCAAACACACACAGGACAGAGAGAUAGCUAUUGAUCAGGAACAGAAUGAAAUUUGUGCUGGCAAAAAGCAGGCACUUCAAGGGAGGAAAUUGAAAUCAUCUCCACACGAUCUGGAGGAGAAAGCUGAGGAGAGGAAAAUAGAGGACCAAUUUUACGAACAGAAAGAGAAGGAAAUGGACAAGCAAGAGAGACAGCGCCACACUGAUGCAACCAAGAUAGCUAUCAACCUGGAAGAGAAUGAAAUGCAUGCUGGCAAAGAGCAGGCCCUUCCAGGGCAAAAAUUAAAAGCAUCUCAAUACAACCUGGAGGAGAAAACUGUGGAGAGGAAAAUAGAUGACCGAUAUUGUGAACGGGAGAAGGAAAUGGAUAAGCAAGAGAGACAGAAACACACUAAUGUGACCAAGACGGCUUUUGACAAGGAUGAGAAGGAAAUGCAUAAGCAGGAGAGGCAGAAAGACACUAAGGCAACCAAGAUAAUUAUUCACCAGGAAGAAAAGGAAGCGGAAAAGCAAGAGAGUCAGAAACAUGCUAAGGCCACCGAGACAGCUGUUGAUCAGGAAGAGAAGGAAAUGUAUGCUGGCAAAGAGCGAACACUUCAAGAUAAGAAAUCAGUUUCAUCUCAAUAUGACCUGGAGGAGAAAACUGGGGAAUGGAAAAUAGAUAGCCAAUAUUAUGAACUGAUAAAUAACAAUAAGUGUAGACCUGCUCAAAAACUGUCUGAGCAAGAAUGUGCUCAGAAGACAUUGAAGGGGACCAAAGUGCAAAACGAACAUGUGCAAGACUGCAAAGUGGUUGAAACACCGAAUGAAUUAAAAAAAUCAAGAAAAUUGUGGGCUGUUAAUGAACCGCAUGUAGUAGAAAAAAUAAAGGUGAAUGCUGAGACUAUGGCUAGCAGAGAGGACGAAAUAAAAGAAAUUCUAAGUGCAAUUCGAGAAGCUCAUGUACAGGAAAAACAUCCUGAUGUACAAGAAGUAGCAGAUGUGUUUAGUCUAGGUGAAGAAAAUGAGAAAUCAGAGGAUGCUCAGGAGAUCUAUCCUGGUGUUGUGGAUGAAAUAAAAGAAGAUGCCAUCAAGGAGACGACAUGUGAACCUCAUGAAAGUGAAAAUGUUCAAAAAAUUGCUGAUAAAACUAGUGUUGUGAAUGAAACUGGGAAAGAAUUUGAUGUGCUAAAGUAUUCAUUUAUGCCAGAGCCAGGUAAGAAAUUUACAGCAACUCAAGCGGAUAUUCCUUGGGAGAGUUUUGAAAAGAGACAUGAGUCAUCUGAGUUGGGAUGUGCUCCUGAAAUUCAUGAAAUUGACUCGAAAACUGAUGUGCUACUGGUUGCGGAAGGAAUUAACACUUUGAGCAUGAUGCAAGAAUCAUGUGGUUCUGUGGAAAGUAAGAAGGCAGUCUACAUUGAUCGGGAAACUAAUGAAUCAGAAGAAAAUGUCAAACUGUCCAAAGCUGCUAAAGGACCUGGUGAAGAAUGCGAAAUCAGAGAGGAUUGUAAAACAACAAAGGUUCCUCUUGGGUAUGUGGAAAAUGCCAUGAAAAUGGCAGAAGCAAAAAAAGUCUCUCUGGAAAAUCAGAAUAAGAAAGGAAAAGAAAAUCUACAAGAACUUGAGAAUGAUGAGGAGCACAUGAUGGAAUCUAUGACCGAGAAUUCUGAUGAGUCACAGAUGAUGGCUGAAGCAGACAAUAUAGAGGAGGAGAAUGAAAAGCCUAAACUAGUUCAGGCAACUUCAGAUUUGGGGAAGAGCCAUAAUGGUGUGAAUAAAGCUCAAGUGGUUUGUCAGGAUCCAGAAGAUUUUGAACUUGUGUCAGCUGUCAAUUUGGACAGAAAUUGCAACGAUGCAAAUGCAGAUCUUCUGGUUGGCCAGCAGCCUGUAAAUGAAAGCUUGGAAGCUGUCCGACAGGUUAGAUUGCCAGAAUCAGAGAAGAAAGGGAAAUUGCCAAGUCUGCUUAAGGUAGACUCAGAAAGUCAUUGUAUGGGUGCAGUUGAUAAUUCAAAUAUUAACUCACAAAAAACAGAGAGUAUGAAAAGUGUAGGCAGAAAGAGAGAGAGUGAAAGAGAGCAUGAGAAAGAAUGGGCAAAGAAGUUAGAAGAGAAAGAGAGGGAGAGGGAAAGAGAAAAAGAUAGACUUGCUGUUGAAAGAGCUACUAGUGAAGCUCAUGAAAGAGCACUUGCUGAAGCGAGGGAAAGGGCCGAAAGGAUUGCUGUGGAGAGGGUGACUGCUGAAGCUCGACAAAGAGCAUUGGCUGAGGCCAGAGAGAAAGCAGAGAAAGCUUCAGCUGAAGCAUUAGAGAAAUCAUUGGCUGAAAAAACUUCUAGAGAAGCUAAGUUGAGGGCAGAGCGUGCUGCAGUCGAGCGGGCUACUGCUGAAGCUCGAGAGCGUGCUGUAGAAAGAGCAAUUGCAGAAAAGGCUGCUGCAGAAGCCAGAGAACAAGCUGAGAGACUUAAUGGCUCUUUUAGGGAUAAAAUAAGGAAAGACAAUGAAGCAUUGAACAAUCUUAGGUCUAGUGAUAAGGGAGACGGUGGAAUAAGGAUAAGGCCUGGUUCUCACGAUAUUCGACACAAUGAGUCUCAAAAUGUGGGAUCUACCCAAAAAUACUCUGCAUCUAUUAAUCAUGGAGCUGCUGGUGAAUCAGCUUUAAGGUGUAAAGCAAGGCUAGAGAGGCAUCAACGUACAGUUGAGCGUGCUGCAAAAGCACUUGCUGAAAAGAAUAUGCGUGAUAUUCUCGCUCAAAGAGAACAAGCAGAGAGAAAUAGGUUAGCCGAAUCUCUUGAUGCUGAUGUCAAAAGGUGGUCAAAUGGAAAGGAAGGGAAUUUGCGAGCAUUGUUGUCGACCCUGCAAUAUAUCCUUGGUCCUGAUAGUGGUUGGCAGCCAAUUCCCUUGACCGAGGUUAUAACUGCUGCAGCUGCCAAGAAAGCAUACCGGAGGGCUACUCUUUGCGUUCAUCCGGACAAGUUACAGCAAAGGGGAGCUAGCAUUCAACAGAAGUACGUUUGUGAAAAAGUCUUUGAUCUACUUAAGGAAGCAUGGAACAAGUUCAACUCCGAAGAGCGAUAAGCCGGAAUCUAUAUGUAACAAUGUUAGGAAGAUAGUCGUUGUAAAGCUAGAUGCAUUAUAUUUAUUCAAUUUAGUAAGUUCAGACUUUUGCUAAA